UAAACAGUAUCAGCGGGAGUGAUCGCAGUUACCAUCCAGGAUCGUUCAGACCGUUGAGAGUUUAUACAUGAGCUGUAAAGAAAAGUGGGAACUCCCUCAAUUUUUUGCAGAUUUAUUUUCACGUCAUUAUGCGUUUGAUUUUGAGCUUUAAAUAUUAGCGGAGCAACGAGCAUAAGAUUUCCUUUUCAGAAACCCGGACUUCAAAGGCUGUCAACAUGAAUUCUGUACUAUCAUCUGUGCAGUCCCUCAUGCAAAUGUUUGAUGCCAAAACACAAGAAUUCAUGGAUGAAAUUGAUAAUGUCCACAUGGUUUGGCUUGAGGAGAUCCAACAGGAAGCCAACCGCAUGUUCUCAAGAGAUUUUAAUGCUGAACCAGAACUGAUGCCAAAAACACCAUCACAGAAAAAGAAUAGUCGCAGGAAGCGUGUGUCUUUGGGGCGUCAGGAAGAAAAUCAAGCCAGGCGAAGAUUUUCAAAGGGAAAGCGCAGCAACCUUCGUGGCUCAUCUGUCAAAUCACUGAACUUAAUUGCUGAAGAAGAGACUGUUCCAGAGGCCUCCACCUCUGAAGCCAACACCACCACACAGCCUAAACGUGCCACUCGCAAAAACAAACGAAGAAAGUCUGAGGCCGCAGAGGAUGUGAGCCAGUCACUCCAGGACAGCAGCAACAUUGAUGAGAUGGACAACAAGAAGCAAGAGUUGGGCAAAAAUAACACGGUGAACAAUGUGGAGGUCAAGCCGAACAAAACAAGUAGCACUGAAAAGUCUACACCUAAGCUGACCUCACCUGAGGUUGUUGUCAGCAUCUCUCCAGAAGACCAAUCCCCAUCUAAGAUACCCUCACCUGAAGUUGUUGUCUGUAUCUCUCCUGUUGAGCGCUUGUCUGCUGAGCUUGCCAAAAAGCCGGAGGCUUCUCCUGGCCGCACAGCUGCAAAGAUAGCGAUAGCCGGCGUAGCUCAAAGCUCACGACGGAGCUCUGUAAGGUGCUCCCUCAAGCUGCGUCACUCGCUGGCCGGUCUGCGGCACAGUAUGACUCAGGAGUCUGUUCGCCGUGCCUCACGCCGCUCCAUGCUUAAGAGGAAGGCGGCUCGCAUGGUCAACUCCACAUGUAGCAGCAACUCGGACGAGGACGCUUGCAGGGACUCUGUAGAGGAAGAGGAUAGAGAGGCCAUGUCAGAAGCUGUAACUGCUGACACAGAGAAUGAUGCUGCAUCUGAAGAAUCGAAGCAAACUUCGCAGAAUGUAAAUCCAGCUGUUGGACGCAUUACUCGAUCUGUGGCUGCAAACUCUCCCAAACUGGCACCCCCAUCAUUGUACAACAAUGAGCAAAAAAUGAGCACUCCAAAUAGGAAACCAGUUGUUGCUGAGAAACAGCAGACUUCCCAGUCCAGUCGCCAAAGCACCAAACGCAAAGUGCCAGAUACUGUAGAAGAAAGCCCCACAAAGAUGUUUUCUCCUCCCAAGAAAAGUCAAAGUGCAAUCAGACCCCACAUGAGAUCUUUUCUCCACACUGUGCAGAAGAAUCAGAUGCUAAUGAUGACUCCAAAUACGCUCGGCCGCACUGGUGUUAUCAAGUCCUUCAUCAAACACACCACACCUAUGAAGACUGAUCCUAAGUUGAGCAUUGGUAUAGUGUCAAAAGAGCGUCACAAACUGGAAGCACUUAAGAAGAAACAGGAGCAAGAGGAGGAAAGAAUGAAGAAAAUGGAGGAGGAGAAGAAAAAGAAACAGGAGGAACUUAAAAGGAAGAGGGAUGAGAGACUAAGGAGAGUGUUUGAGGCCAAAGUAAAAGAAGAGCAGAGAGAGGAGGAAAAGAAAAAGAAGAUCGAGCAAAAAAUGGCUCAGAUUGAUGAGAAAAAUGAUAAGCGUCUGGCAGAGGAGAAGGCCAAGAAAAAGGCUGCCAUGAAGCGCCAAGAGGAGCUGGAGUUGAAAAAGAAGGAGGAAGAGGCAAAACGGAAGAAGAUUGCAGAGGAAGAGAAGCGGCAGCAGGAGUUACUGGCCAAGAAGAAGGCAGAGGAGGAGGAACAGCAAGCUCGUAAGCUGGCCGAAGCUCGCAGAGCGCUGGAGCUGAAGAGAGAGCAGGAGCGUGAGAGGGAGAGAGAGCUGGAGAAAGAGCGACUGGCUGCUGCCGAAAGGGAGCGAGUGGAAAAAGAAAAAGCUCUCGCACUGCAAAGGGAGCUGGAGAGAGCAGCGAGAGAGAAAGAGAGGAGAGAACUGGAGGAGAGAAGGAAGGCACUUGAGGAGAAAAGAAAACUGGAGGAGCAGCAGAGAUUAGCUGCAGAGGAGAAAGCUGCUAAACAGAGAGAAGCUGCUGCUAAACAGGCUGCUGAAAAACAGGCUGCUGCUGCCCUGAAUGUGACUGUGGAUAUUGAGCGCUCUGUUAUGAGCACACCUGUGGGAAAAGGUGGUGGCCUCAAUGUGACUGUGGAUAUCGAGAAAUCACCACAGUCGUACGUCAUCACUCCAAAGGGAGGCAACAAACCUGUGAUGUCCAAAAGUGCAGAAGAUUAUGGGAUGGACCAAAACAGUGACGACUCUACUGAUGAUGAGUCUGCCCCAAGGAAACCAAUUCCAUCCUGGGCAGAGGGUCACAAUCUGCAGCAGAUCAUUAUGAAGCAGUACUUCAACCCUCCUGAUUUGGACUCUUUCUUCGGGAUAAUUGAACCGCCCAAACUGGAAAGCAUCUUCUACAAGAGCAAGCCUCGUUAUUUUAAACGCACCAGCUCUGCUGUGUGGCACUCGCCUCCUGCUGGAUCCAAAUAAUGUCUGUACACUGAUGACAUAUGUUGCUGUAUAGUUUCAUUUUUGUUUUAAAAAUCUGUUGCCAAUAAAAUAACCAGUUUUAACCAAUAA